GUCCAGGCGUCUUCAUUCUAAAAAAGGGAGCCUAGAGGACCGCUAGCCACCUUUGAAGUCACACUAAAUCACCAUUGGGCUAUAAUGCUGCGAGUGAGGUGUUUGAGAGGAGGAAGCCGAGGGGCCGAGGCUGCCCAUCUGAUCGGAGCCAUGGUGGGCCGUGCAGCGACUGGUUGGGUGCAGCGGGCCUUCCAGAGCACCUCCAGCGCCGCAGCUGCUCAAACACAGCCGACGGUUGAAGACGACCAUGUUACUGAGCCUGCACAGCAGGAGUGUCCUGUUAGCAGUUACAAUGAAUGGGACCCUCUUGAGGAGGUCAUUGUGGGCCGUGCUGAAAAUGCCCGUGUUCCUCCCUUCACUGUAGAGGUGAAAGCAAACACAUAUGAGAAGUACUGGUCCUUCUAUCAGAAGUACGGGGGCCAACCUUUUCCUGCGGACCACUUGAAAAAAGCAGUUUCUGAGAUUGAGGAAAUGUGCAACAUUCUCCAUCACGAGGGUGUGAAUGUGAGGAGACCAGAGCCGAUUGACUGGUCCAUGGAAUACAAAACUCCUGACUUCCAAUCAUCAGGCAUGUAUGCAGCCAUGCCCCGAGAUAUCCUAAUGGUUGUAGGAAAUGAGAUAAUCGAGGCUCCAAUGGCGUGGAGGGCUCGCUUCUUCGAGUAUCGAGCAUACCGGCCUUUGAUCAAGGAGUACUUCAGAAGAGGCGCUAAAUGGACCACUGCUCCCAAACCCACGAUGGCCGAUGAGCUGUACGAUCAGGACUAUCCCAUCCGCACAGUUGAGGACAGACACAAGCUGGCCGCUCAGGGCAAAUUUGUGACCACGGAGCACGAGCCCUGCUUUGACGCUGCUGAUUUCAUUCGAGCUGGCAAGGACCUUUUUGUCCAGAGAAGUCAGGUUACAAAUUACAUGGGAAUUGAGUGGAUGCGCCGUCAUCUGGCCCCGGACUACAACAUCCACAUCAUCUCAUUCAAAGACCCGAACCCCAUGCACAUUGAUGCCACUUUCAACAUCAUCGGGCCAGGACUCGUGCUGUCAAAUCCUGAUCGGCCAUGUCGCCAGAUUGACAUGUUCAAGAAAGCAGGCUGGACUGUUGUAAAGCCUCCGACACCUCUGAUUCCUGAUGAUCACCCUCUUUGGAUGUCCUCCAAAUGGCUAUCCAUGAAUGUUCUGAUGCUGGAUGAGAAACGUGUCAUGGUGGAUGCCAAUGAAUCCACCAUUCAGAGAAUGUUCGAGAACCUCGGUAUAAAGACCAUAAAGGUGAACAUUCGCCAUGCCAACUCGCUGGGUGGCGGCUUCCACUGCUGGACUACUGACGUCCGCCGCCGUGGUACACUGCAGUCCUACUUCCACUAGCCUUGCCAGAAAUAGGCAGUUUUUAUUGAGCUUAUUAGAGCCUCCGUAUGGUAUUUUAAUUCAAUUGCCGAUUUGGGAUCUAUUACCUAGUGUCUCUAACGAAGCUUAACACAAAGAUUAAUAAGGAGGCUUUAAAGCUUUUAUUAAGUCAAUUGUUCCACCUUGAGUGUGAGUGUCAAACUUGUGACAAUUAUGAUUUUUAAAAGUGUACUAACAGAUACACAAAUAUAUUAAUUAGUCCUAACAGUCGGCACCAAAGUCUUGUUCCGGAUUGGGUCUUCGUGUCCUGAAUGAAUAUGAAUGUUUUGUUUUGAUUUGACGUCUAUGUGCAUUACAGUGCCUGUGCAAACGGCUUUCUUUUAAUAUACGGUGAACCCCCACGUAUUCACGAUUCAGAAUGCAGUGUUUAGACAAGGAAGGUUGCAAAGAAAUUAUUAUUGUAAAGAAAAUUUGGGGGUUUAUUUCCCCUUUAAAUAAUGGAGGGGGCUACAAUUUUUCAGUGCUUCUGGGCGGCUCCAUGUGACCGCGAACUUCCUAACCAGAUGGACAAAAUACAUUUAUAUGUAUCUUUUUUUACAUUUCAUCAAAAUGUUAACAUUAUUUACUCAGUUUGUCCUGAAU